UUCUAUGGGUUGAUUCGGAUCAAUAUGGAAUUGCUACCUCAUGCUCAUUCUUUGUUUUCACCAUGGUUGAUAAUAAUAGGAGCAGUGCAAAUUAUCUAUGCAGCUCUAACUUCUAUGGGUCAACGCAAUUUGAAAAGAAGGAUAGCCUAUUCAUCAAUAUCUCAUAUGGGUUUUGUAAUUAUAGGAAUUGGUUCCAUGACAUAUACAGGUCUCAAUGGAGCCAUUUUGCAAAUGAUUUCUCAUGGAUUAAUUGGUGCUGCACUUUUUUUCUUGGUAGGAACAAGUUAUGAUAGGAUAGGUACUCUUUUCCUUGAUGAAAUGGGAGGAAUCGCUAUACCAAUUCCUAAAAUCUUUACUAUGUUCAGUAGCUUUUCAAUGGCUUCUCUUGCAUUGCCAGGAAUGAGUGGUUUUGUAGCAGAAUUUAUGAUAUUUUUGGGUGUAAUUACUAAUCAUAAAUAUUCUUCGACCUUUCGAAUCAUUAUUACUGCAAUAGCGGCAAUUGGAAUGAUAUUAACUCCCAUUUAUUUGUUAUCUAUGUUACACAAACAUCGAAUAAAAUGA